GGAUUCACUACUACCAAAACCAAUCCGUCUUACAAUAGAAAUAUUGUUAAAUCUCAAGAUAUAAUAAUUCUUGGCUCGUGCGGCCCUCGUGUGCAUCGCCCCAUGCUCACCGAGCCAUGCAGAAAACAAAAGCGGCGGAAACAUUACUCCAGUCGUCGACAAGAAAGAUCGCGAGACAGUUUUCUACCGAAACUCAGCUAAAAACAUACUAAAAACCAACAUUAAAAUCGUUCAAACAGAUAAAAACCUCGACAACUUUCACCUACCAAUAGGAAAUUUCAAAAAAAGAACAGCAAAUAAUUUCCAAUAAAACUUUUUUAUACUGUGCAUUGUCAAAACUAUUGUGUAAAUAAAAAAACUCAUUUUUUUGUGAAAUAGUAGUAAGGAAAAUAAAUAUAAAAAUAAUAGUGAAUUUAAAAACAACUAUUGGAGAAAUUAAAUAAUAAUGCUUCAUUAUAAUUAUGCAAAAGAAGAUCGUGCAUUGACUCGAUAAAUCUGACAGUUAUUUUUUUAUUUUGCUUAUAUGAACAUGGCCGGCAAAAGCAUCGCUCUGUUCUGCCUAUUUGCUUUCUACACACGGAAUGCAGCGGGCGAUGAUUACCUCAGGAUGGGAACGAAUACAAACACAGCAGAAGCCACGCAGUUCCUUCGGGAAUACGACAGAGAAGCUUCUGGAAUGUGCUACAGGGUGACCAUGUCCCAAUGGAAGUUCGUGACGAACAUCACAGAGUACAACCGGCGCAGGAUGCUGGAGGAACUGGCUCUAAGCACCAAGUUCGAGAAGCUCUCUUGGAGGAAGGCAGCUGCAUAUGAUGCCUCAAGACUCCCAGACCCUCAGGGUAGGAAGCAGUUGAUACGGAUAGUUCAGGCCAGUCGAGCUUCUUUAUCUGAUGAUAAAUUCGCUGAGAUCCAACAAAUAAUAACAGAAAUGAAGGAAGUGUAUAACUCUGCAAAAAUAUGCCCUUUCGGCCAAAAACCUUAUGAUCCCCAUGUAUCGCGAACUACUCCACAACCCACGGAAAGUCCAGAAGCCAAAGCUUACCAACACAACCAGCCUAUUCAGAAUAGCCAACUUCAUCAGGAUAUAACGGAUUACCCCAACUACUGUGAUAUGCAACUAGAUCCGGAAAUUUCGAGGAUUCUCGCACAUUCGAGAAUUGAAAACGAGUUGUUGUAUGUAUGGAAGAGUUUUAGGGAUAAAACUGGGCCGAAGCUUAAGAAUAAGUUCAUGAGAUAUGUGCAGUUGGCAAACGAAGCUGCUGUCAAUACAGGUUACAGAGACGCAGGUGAUCAAAUGCGUGCAGCUUACGACGACACGUCGUUCAGAGAGAGCGUGGAGGAGAUCUACAACCAGGUGGCGCCUCUGUACAAGCAGCUGUUCACGUACGUGCGUCGGAGACUGAUACUUCGGUAUGGGGAAGCCAGCGUGAGGCCCGAUGGCCCUAUACCUGCACAUUUAUUAGGAAACAUGUGGGCGCAAAACUGGAAAUCGAUCAUGGACUUGGUGAUGCCGUUCCCUCAGUCACCAAACUUGGAUGUUACUUCGGAGAUGCUUCGUCAAGGUUUCACUCCAUUAAGAAUGUUCCAAAUGGCGGAGGAGUUCUACGUGUCACUAGGUCUUCGCCCCGUGCCGCCUGAGUUCUGGCGCGGGUCCAUGCUGGCGCGGCCGGCGCAGCGCAGUGUGCAGUGCACCGCCAGCGCCUGGGACUUCUGCAACAGAAUAGACUACAGGAUAAAGCAAUGCACCGAAGUGACAAUGCAAGACUUGAUCUCUACUCACCACGAGAUGGCGCAUAUCCAGUACUAUCUGCAGUAUGCUGACCAACCACAGCUGUUCAGAGAUGGCGCUAAUCCUGCAUUUCACGAGGCCGUUGCAAACGCUGCUACACUAUCUGUGUAUAAUAUACCACAUCUGCAAAGACUGGGACUUUACCAAAACAAAUCCCACGACCCUUACGAAGUCAGUAUGAACUUCUUGAUGUCUAUGGCUUUAGAGAAGGUGGCUUAUUUGCCUUUCGCAUUUAUGGUUGAUCAGUGGCGUUGGUCGAUAUUUGAAGAUGGCGUACAUAACAUGAACGCUAGGUGGUGGCAGAUGAAAUUACGAUAUCAAGGCGUAACCCCUCCAAUAGGCAGAACAGAAGCGGAUUUUGAUCCUGGAUCGAAAUACCACAUCAUUUCUGAUCAAGAGUACAUCAAAUACUUCCUAGCUACUAUCCUGGAAUUCCAGAUCUUCGAACAGCUGUGCAUUGCGGCGGGGUAUACGGGACACCUGCACGAGUGCGAUGUAUACAGGAGCAGAGACGCGGGGAGAGUCCUGAGUGAAAUAAUGCAGCCUGGAGCGUCGAUGUCAGCUUCGGAUAUAAUAAGAAGCAUGACCCGGGGCAAGACCAACAGAAUAUCGCCAGAGUCACUCGUCAAAUAUUUCCGUCCACUUGAGCUUUGGCUGCGCGUGCAAAACCGGGACGAGCAGGUUAUAGGCUGGAACUCCAACUUCCACGACGUGGCGCUUUUCGCCCCACAGAGGGCGCUGUCAAAUACAAACUGCUUUUCAUUUUUAAUGUUACUCACCUCCUUUGUUAUUGUGAAUAGUAUGUAAGAUUGUUUUAUUUUUAAUAAAUAAUAUUUUGUUUUAA